AUGCAUAAUGAGAAUACACAUGACCUUGAGCCUGGUGAGCCGAUAUGUGAUCUUGAGUUUAAUAAACCAACAUGCAAUUAUGAAAUUGCUGUUCAAGACAAUAAGGAUGUCAGAUUGGGCUGUUCUAAAGAAAGACUAUAUGAAGGAAGGGUGUUUCAAAAUUGGGAAGAAGCAGUUGAUACAUUAACUCUAUAUUCUCAACAUGAAGGGUUUAAGUUAAGGAAAGGAUGCAUUGAGAAAGCUUCUAAUAGAACUAUACGAAAAAGAACAAUGUUGUGUGAGCAUAGAGAUGAAUACAAACCUAGAAAUAUACAAUUGACUAAAGAAACUAGUACAAAAUAUAUCAAAUGUCCAUGGCAUGUAAAUUUGUCACAACCACAGAAGAACAAUCCUAAUGGAAAUGUUUAUCUUACUACUUUAAACAAUGAUCAUAAUCAUAGCCUGUCUCCUUAUAGAACAAAAUUUUUUAAUGAUAGUGAACUUACUCAAGAAAUGCAUGAGCGGAUAGAAUUUUAUGUGAGUGCCAUUAAGUUAAAGCCGCUACAAAUUCAGAGAGCUUUACAGAGAGAAUUUCCUGAUCACAAAAUUUAUCUUUCAGAAAUUCAUAAAGCAACAGCAAAAUAUUAUAGUGAGAAGCGAAAGGAAAUAUUAAAUGAUGCUGCAUCAUUGUACGAAGAAUUGGUCAAAAAAAAAAAUGAUGACCCCCGAUGCCUUCUUGAACUUGGCGAAGCUUUGGAUGCAAGUAUAGAAGAAGAAAGUAAAAAAGCAAAAUAUGCUUAUUGGAAAACACAAAUUCCAUUAAUACCAUCUACUACUACAUUGCCACAAGCAUUAUUUCCUGAACUUGAUAAGGCUUUGAGCCUGUUUAUUACACCUGAAAUACAAAAAAUUCAACGCACUGAAAUUAAAAGUUGUAUAAAUUAUCAUGUGUCUGCUAUUACAAAAGAUGAAAUGAUUAAAUAUCAGGAGCCUGAGUCAGAUAAUACCUUGUUUGUUGAAGAUAACGAAGAUAUUAUGCAGAUUUCCAUUAACUAUAUAUUAGAAAAUAUAGACAUUAACGAAAUAGAGGAAAUCUGGGCCAUUCAUGGAAUUGCUCGAAAUAUUAUACAAAAAGCAGUUCAAUUUCAUAGACAAGAUGUUCUUGAAAAAUUACAAAAUUUAUUAACUGAGAUACAGGAAAAUGAGUUAGUAAAUAGCCCAGCCAAUGAUGAUAAUGAUGAGACAUGUAGUAAUAGCUUAGAUAGUAAAAGCUUAGAUGAUGAUGAAGAAUGCGAAGAAAGUAAUUCAUUAGCUAAUAUACCUCUUCAAAACCCCAAAAAACAUAAGUCAAAAGGAUGUCCAAAAAGUUCUAAACGAAUCAAGCGAUCAGAAGAAUUAAAGCCAGCCAAACGUCGAAAUCAAUGUGGAAAUUGUGGCGAGUACAGGCAUUAUAAACCUAAAUGUUCAAAAAAGUAA